UCCCAGCAUCGCUUACAGUUACACCCACAUUACACGCAUGUCGUGAGCGCGCGCCGGCCAGUUGGCAAAGUUUGACGCGCGCAGGCUUUCACGGCGCAAAAUUGUUGUGAGCAAUGCGGGAUAUUUAUCAGCGACUAAAAAGAAUUUCUUGGGCUUCACUGUGAUAAGAAGUUCGGCGCCUGUAACCUCAUGUUUGGCCGUGAACGGAGCUAUAUUAUCCUCCACCUGCUCUUCGCUGUUUUGGAGUUUUACCCUCGUGCGUGCGCUUAACUUUCACAGGAAAGUACGCUCAGACGUUGUGGCACGACGCGGGACACAGUGUCCAGACGUCAUAGGAGUCAACAAGUGGUUUUUAUGUUCUUGUAGAGGAGAGUUAUUGAAAGUUCUAAAUUGCUGAAUGGAAAGCUGUCAAAGAAAAACUCCACGGAGCGGAUUUUCAAGUAAAUCAUCCUGCAAUUGACCCACUGGAAGGUAAAGAGGACGAGGUUUUUACGCGCGUGUGAAUCUGUCAGCACCAUGAGAAGACCUGUGGUUUUCCAGAUGUGGAUAGUUUUAUUGUUUGGGACCAUAGCCGGAGUCGGGAAGGCACAAGUUUCUACCGCCAAAGUGUUUAGAGGCAACAGCAGGAGAGACGACUUGUACAGCAAAGAAGAAAACAUCACAGUAACGCCAAUGGGUGGAGUUAUCCAUAGCCCACGCUACCCCAACGCUUAUCCUCGCAACCUGCUGUUGUCAUGGAAACUGCAGUCGCCACCAGGGAGCUGCAUACACCUGGAGUUUGAUGGACACUUCGGCUUGGAGGAGCCUGAGAAUGGAGCAUGCAGGUAUGAUUUUCUGGAAGUGGAGGACCAAUCAGAGACCAGCACAAUAAUUUGGGGUCGUUGGUGUGGGCAGAAGGUACCACCUAGUAUGAACUCCAAAACCAACAUGCUCAGAGUUACCUUCAAGUCUGAUGAUUACUUUGUUGCCAAGCCGGGAUUCAAAGUCUACUACUCACUGCUGGUCCAUUCUCCUCUGCCUGCUUCCAAAACCAACUGGGAGGCUGUCACUAUGCCUAUGUCGGACAUGGGUGAAAAAGAUAUGUCAGCGGCUGUAACAGAUGUUCCUUUGUCACUGGAUGACUUAGACAGGACAAUUGCUGCCUUCGACACAGUGGAACAGCUUCUCAAAUCUUUGAACCCAGACACCUGGAAACAGGACCUGGACAACAUCUACAUCCAGACACACAUACAUUAUAGAUCCAGGGCCUACUAUCUGACAAGCAGACACAAUAAAGUCGAUCUGAAUCGUCUCUACGAUGACGUCAAGCGAUACAGCUGCACGCCACGCAACUACUCAGUAAAUCUACGAGAGGAGCUUAGGACCACCAAUGCUGUAUUCUUCCCCCGAUGUUUGUUGGUGAAACGCUGUGGAGGCAACUGUGGCUGCGGGACCAGCAACUGGAAUAAUGGCUGCACCUGCCGGCCCUUAAAAACCACAAGCAAACUGCAUGAGGUGCUGAAGUAUGCCCCAGACACCAGCAUGCACAGGCUCCAUCAGAGACCGCGGGUCCGUUGGGUCAUGGAUGAAAUCUUUCUCUCGCAUCAUGACACCUGUGAGUGCGUGUGCCCCUCCCAGCCCCCCCGCUGACACUCUCAUUCUGGCUUAUGCGUGUGGAACUGAUAGAUGAGUUCUUUUAUCUGGUUUGACUUUAUAUACCAAACAGCACCACCAGCAAACAUGCAGCAAAGAAAAGGGCAACAAUCUGGCAACUGCAGCUUCUAUUCUACACAAUGACAUUUGUUCAUGCAAGUAAACCACUUACAUUUCUCUGUGCACAAACUAAACUUUAGAAAUGCCUAAACGUCUACAGUCAAACAUAUAUUUCCUUUUAGUUUCCUGCAUCCUGGUGCUUAAACUGUCAGUAUUUAUGCUGAAUCUAUAUAUUUUGUACACCAUGGAGUGUUGAAAUGGUAGGGGAUUUUCAGCAGUGACCAUAUGGAUUCAAACUCUUUUUUUCUUUUAAGUACUAAAUACCACAUUUUGAGGAAAAUGUACCCAUAAUGUAUUAAAAACAUAUUUAUGUUUAAGGGAUUUUCAUGCUUGCCAUCUCUAUUGAAUUGAACAAUCUACUCCUGUUUCAAGUGUAUGUAUUUGUAGUUUUACUGUUUUAAAAGACACUUUCUAGAAACUUCAGGAAAAUCCUCUGCCAACAGCAUGCUGCGAAAAGUGAACGAGAGACAGAAGGAGGGAGGAAGAUGGGUUGGAGGAAGUUUACACCAAAAUAACACUUCAUCUUGAUGUGAAAUUAGGCUAAGUACAACCCUCCAGAUCUAAAUUUUACACCAAUACACACGCAUUUAUACUAGCUAAAGACAAAACUGUAGUUACAUGUGCAGAAUUCAGUUUUGUGUUGUUUUGCCCACAUUCUUGUCUAGAUUUAGUCACACUUCUCAAUGUGUAUCCAUCCAUCCAAACACCUCUUCCCUUUCUUUCUCACAGUCUCAGUUUCUAACUCAGUUUCUUGUUCUCACUCCCUUCAUCACUCACCCUCUCACACAUCAAAGAAAAUGUCAGAUCAGGCUGCUGGGCUGUGCCCAGUUUUCUGAGCAUUCCUGGCAUUCCAGAUGCUAAGCGGAAUUCUGCUACUCCGGAUAAAACCAUGAUCCUCAGAGCCAAGACACAUAAGAAAGGAAAAGGAGAUAGAAACUCAGGAAGAGCGACAGAGAGGAAGUUUUUAGAAGAGGUGGCUGACAUAAAAAUGGCAAUCAUGUCUCUUUUUUUUUUUUUCAGCACUCCGGGGGGUGAGAUGCUUUCAAAACACAGCACAUAAGAGUUUGCUACUCAAAUUUUUGGGCAGAGAUUUGCUGGAAUCAGAGAAAUAUUCUCACUUUACUUGAGUAUGUAUGUGUCUCGGUUUUCUGGUAACAGCUCAGGAAGAAGUCCCUAUUGUUUAAGGGGUGGAGGGUUACCAGCAUUCUGUGGAAGCUGGCAGCGGAUAUGAGCCUGUGAACAGUCAGCAUGUAACUGUGCGUGCAACUGCAUGAAUGUUGCAUUUAUGUGUCGGUAGCUUUCAAAGCUGUCAGGAGCAUCAAAGCAGCAGGGCAAGAAUUCAGAUGUCCAAACACAUGAUCCAGCUAUAGAAAAUAAUACAAGUCCUAUGUCAGCUGUCAUCUAUCCAUCUCCAUCGCCCCACCUCCAGUGUGCUCAGGCUCCUAGGCUGGAAUUGACCAGAAAAAAUUGGAUUUUACAUGCUACUAUUCUUCUAAAGGCAGAAAAAAAUCAUCAGUCACAGUGAAACAUGACUCCUGCAGCAUUCCUAUGUGCACGUAUACACUGUAAGUCACGGCUAUUUGGCAGAUGUGAGAUAUUUAAUAAGUAAUACUUAAACAUUGAAAAUGUGUAGCAAACAGUGCAGCAGUCACAUUCCAGUUAAUUUAUACCAUACAUCGCACAUAAACACAUGUUUAUACUUAUUGUUUCAUGACGGUUUUUGCUUGUUUGUGGUUUUUGAAGUUUGCUUUUACUUCUGCAUUUUGUAGUUUGAAACAUGAAGUUUGCACAAAGUGGGUAGCGUGUCUUGUCCCAAGAUGCUUUGCUGCAAGUUUAAAGCUUUUGUACCAUUAACUGUGCUCGUAUAAUUGAAACAACUGGCUGGGUAUUUUUUUUAUCAAGAGAUAAAUAAUUGAACAACU